CGCCCCGAGCCCCCUUCAAACUCCGGCCCCGCCCCGCGUCCCGGGCCAACUUCGCGUCUUUUCCCGGCUCUCCGAGCCUCCGAGCGGCGGGGACGCGCGGGAACUGCCCGGGACGGCGCGAUGCAGUCGAGUGACCGUCAGGCGGAGGCCCCUGGCCGCGGCCCGCGGGUGCUGGUGGUGGGCGGUGGCAUCGCGGGGCUGGGCGCGGCGCAGAGGCUCUGCUGCCACCCGGCCUUUCCGCACCUGCGGGUUCUGGAGGCCACGGCCCGCGCCGGUGGCCGCAUCCGCUCGGAGCGCAGCUUCGGUGGUGUGGUGGAGGUGGGCGCUCACUGGAUCCAUGGGCCCUCGCAGGGCAACCCCGUCUUCCAGCUGGCUGCCAAGUACGGGCUUCUGGGGGAGAAGGCAUUGUCGGAGGAGAACCAGCUGAUCGAGACCGGGGGUCACGUGGGCCUGCCCUCUGUGUCCUAUGCCAGCUCCGGGGGAAGUGUGAGCCCUGAGCUGGUGGCCGAGAUGGCCAGACUGUUCUACAGUCUCAUAGACCAGACCAGGGAGUUCCUGCAUGCGGCUGAGACCCCCGCCCCCAGUGUCGGGGAGUACCUCAAGAAGGAGAUCCGCCAGCACAUGGCCGGCUGGACAGAGGAGGAGGAGACCAAGAGGCUCAAGCUGGCCAUCCUGAACAACUUGUUCAACGUGGAGUGCUGUGUGAGCGGUACCCACAGCAUGGACCUGGUGGCCCUCGCACCUUUCGGGGAGUACACUGUGUUGCCAGGGUUGGACUGCACCUUUCCUGGAGGCUACCAAGGACUCACAGACCGCAUCAUGGCCUCCCUGCCCAAGGACGUGAUGGUUUUUAACAAGCCAGUGAAGACCAUUCACUGGGAUGGGUGCUUCGAGGAAGCUUCUGCUCCUGGGGAGACGUUUCCGGUGCUGGUGGAAUGUGAGGAUGGAGGCUGCUUCCCAGCGCAUCACGUGGUCGUCACCGUGCCGUUAGGUUUUCUUAAAGAACGUCUGGACACCUUCUUUGAGCCACCGCUGCCCACCGAGAAGGCGGAAGCGAUCAGGAAAAUAGGCUUUGGGACCAACAAUAAAAUCUUCCUGGAGUUUGAGGAGCCUUUCUGGCAGCCAGACUGCCAGCACAUCCAGGUGGUGUGGAGGGACACGUCGCCCCUGGAGGACGCCGCCCCCAAGUUGCAGGAUGCCUGGUUCAAGAAGCUUGUUGGCUUUUGGGUCCUGCCUUCCUUCGGCAGGGCCAGCCAGGUGCUCUGCGGCUUCAUCGCAGGGCUCGAGUCUGAGUUCAUGGAGACGCUAUCGGACGAGGACGUGCUCCUGUCUCUGACACAGGUGCUCCGCAGGGUGACAGGGAAUCCCCGGCUCCCCGCGCCCAGGAGUGUGCUGAGGUCCCGCUGGCAUAGUGCCCCACACACCCGGGGCUCCUACAGCUACGUGGCCGUGGGCAGCUCCGGGGACGACCUGGACCUGCUAGCCCAGCCUCUCCCUGCGGACGGCAGGGGUGCCCAGCUCCAGGUCCUGUUUGCAGGGGAAGCCACACACCGGACGUUUUACUCCACCACGCACGGAGCUCUGCUGUCCGGCUGGAGGGAGGCUGACCGGCUCAUCGCUCUGUGGGAUUCGCAGGCACAGCGGUCUGAGCCCGGCUCUGAGCUCGGCUCUGCUCCCCCAGUUCCCGGGUCCCGGGGAGGCUGGCCCCACCCUUUCCUUUGAUGGACAAGGUUCAGUCGGGCUUGGGAUUUGGGAUGUUAAUGUCACUGGGGUCAGCUCCCUCCUUUCCCAAGUCGCUGGAGUCCGGCCAGGGCUGAACUUGAGCUGAGCGCGAAGUCUUCCUGGAGAAGGGAGGGGUGGGAUGCUGCUGCUGAUGCGGUUGGAAGAACAUAAACUGUGUAAAAGUG